UCGGAGCCGUCUAGCUGCGUCAGAGCUUCACUGGCUGUAUAAAGAGGCGCGGGCGGGAGCAGCAAGCCGCAGAGCAGCCUCUCCCUUCUGUUGGACGGCGGCUUCUUCGCCUCCUCCUUCUUCCUCCUCUUCGCCUUCUCCUCUCUCUCCCGGUUCAGCAGCGCCCUAGCCGCCAGCAUGAGCACCUUCGGCUACGAGACCUACUUCCCGUCGUACAAGCGGCGCUUCGUGGAGAGCUCGCGGGUGCACCUGUCGUCCAGCGGGCGCAGCAGCGGCGGGGGUGGCGGGGGCGGCUAUGGGGUGGCCCGUUCCACCUACUCGAGUCUGUCGGCGCCGGUGUCCUCGGUGUCGGUGCGGCGCAGCUACACGUCCUCGUCGUCGUCCUCGCUGCUGCCGUCGGUGGACAGCCUGGACCUGAGCCAGGUGGCGGCCAUCAGCAACGACCUGAAGACCAUCCGCAGCCAGGAAAAGGCGCAGCUGCAGGACCUCAACGACCGCUUCGCCUGCUUCAUCGAGCGCGUCCACGAGCUGGAGCAGCAGAACAAGGUGCUGGAGGCCGAGCUGCUGGUGCUGCGCCAGAAGCACUCCGAGCCGUCCCGCUUCCGCGCCCUCUACGAGCAGGAGAUCCGCGAGCUGCGCCUGGCCACCGAGGAGGCCAGCCACGAGAGGCAGGCGCUGCAGGGCGAGCGCGAGAGCCUGGAGGAGACGCUGCGGGCCCUGCAGGCGCGCUACGAGGAGGAGAUCCUCAACCGCGAGGAUGCCGAGGCGCGCCUGCUGGAGGUGCGCAAGAGCGCCGACGAGGCGGCCCUGGCCCGAGCCGAGCUGGAGAAGCGCAUCGACAGCCUCCUCGACGAGCUGGCCUUCCUCAAGAAGGUGCACGAGGAGGAGCUGGCCGAGCUGCAGGCCCAGAUCCAGUACGCCCACCUCUCCGUCGAGAUGGACGUCUCGGCCAAGCCCGACCUCUCCUCCGCCCUGCGCGACAUCCGCUCGCAGUACGAGAAGCUGGCCGCCCGCAACAUGCAGAACGCCGAGGAGUGGUUCCGCAGCCGCUUCACCGUCCUCACCGAGAGCGCCGCCAAGAACACCGACGCCGUCCGCGCCGCCAAGGACGAAGUCUCCGAGAGCCGCCGCCUCCUGAAGGCCAAGACGCUGGAGAUCGAGGCCACCCGCGGCAUGAACGAGGCCCUCGAGAAGCAGCUGCAGGAGCUGGAGGAAAAGCAGAACGCCGACAUCGCCGCCCUCCAGGACACUGUUAAUAAGUUAGAAAAUGAAUUGAGAACCACGAAGAGUGAAAUGGCUAGAUAUCUGAAGGAAUAUCAAGAUCUCCUGAAUGUGAAAAUGGCCCUGGACAUUGAAAUUGCAGCAUACAGAAAAUUACUGGAAGGUGAAGAAACUCGGCUCAGUUUCACUAGUGUUGGAAGCAUCAGCAGUGGCUACACACAAAGUGCUGGAACCUUUGGAAGAUCCGCCUAUAGCGGUUUACAGAGUAGUUCCUACCUGAUGUCUGCCCGUAGCUUCCCUGCCUAUUACUCCAGCCAUGUUCAGGAAGAACAGAUAGAAGUCGAGGAGACCAUUGAAGCAUCUAAGGUAGAAGAGGCCAAAGAAUCUCCCCCAUCUGAAGGAGAAGGUGAAGAAGAAGAGAAGGAAGAGGGUGAAGAAGAGGAAGGAGGAGGAGAAGAAGGAGAGGAAGAAGGAGAAGGAGAGGAGGAAGGGGCCACGGAGGAGGCUGAAGAGUCUAAAGAGGGUGAAGAAGAAGAGGGGGAAGGGGAGGGAGAAGGAGAAGGGGAGGAAGAAGGUGGAGAAGAGGAGACUGCAGGUGAAGGAGAUGAGGGAGAGAAUAAAGAAGAUGAAGAACAAGAAGAAGCUGGUGGAGAGGAAGCCAGUAAAGAAAAGAAGAAAGAUUGAUACAGACUGCACUUAGGUUUCCCAGAUAGUUGAACUGAGUGAGCUAAAGUUGCUGUGCCACAUAUCUAACUCCCCGGUGUUCUUUGGUUUAAAGUUGUCUCUUGGAGUUUAUUAUUUCCCCCCCCCCUUUUCUGUGCAAAGUUAUCCGAAUGCUUGCAGAGAGCCCCACUGGCUGCUACCCAAAUCACGCAUGGUGUAUUCUUACCACUCAAAGGAGCAAAUGUGCAAUUUGGCCAAUUUAAACCUUGGAAAGGAUUCUUAACAAAAACGGGUGGGAGGGAAGCCACUAGAGAUGGGGAAACUGUCUUAAGCUACAUUCAAAAUGGUUAUGGAAACCUGAGAUGGUGAAAACAAAUGAAGUCUGUGCAAUCAAAACUAGUCAAUAAAGUUGCCGAACUGCAUACACA